UUGUUGUUUCCUGCAAAGUAUUAAAAUGCGAGUAUCUGUCAUUCAGGAUCUCAGGGAGGAUGAAAAUGAAAAUGGGGAAGAAGAAGAAAAGGUCUUCCUCAAGCCUGUUAUUGAGGAUAGAAAUAUGGAACUGGCCCGAAAAUGCACUGAAUUAAUAAGUGAUAUACACUAUAAAGAAGAGUUUAAAAAAUCUAAAGGCAAGUGCAUAUUUGUACCUGACACCCCGCAGCUAAAACAUGUGAAAAGUGUCGGUGCUUUUAUUUCUGAGGUGAAGUACAAAGGAGCUGCUAAAAAAGACCUUUCCAACUCUCUUUAUCAGCAGAUGCCAGCCACAAUUGACAGUGUAUUUGCAAAAGAAUUAAUGCAGCUUCAGAGCAAGGUACUCUAUAAACAAAAACAUGAUGCUGAGAAAGGAACUUCAGAUUACGCACGAAUGAAGGAGCCUCCAGAUGUUAAGCAUGCCAUGGAAGUCAGUAAACACCAGAGUGAUGUAUCCUAUAAGAAGGAUGUGCAAGAUACUCAUAGGUACACUGAAGUGCUGAACAGGCCAGACAUAAAGAUGGCAACUGAGAUAACAAAGAUAAUAAGUGAUGCUGAGUACAAGAAAGGAAGGGGAGAGAUGAAUAAGGAGCCUGCUGUACUUGGAAGACCAGAUUUUGAGCAUGCCAAAGGAGUUUCAAAACUUUUAAGCCAAGUGAAAUACAAAGAGCAGUUCAGUAAGGAAAUGAAGAGUCACCAGUACAAUCCUCUUGACAGUGCUUCCUUCAAGCAAGCAAAGAUUGCAUCCACCUUGGCAAGUGAUGUGAAUUACAAGAAAGAUUUGGAAAGCCUACAUGAUCCAGCGUCUGAUCUACCAAAUCUGCUAUAUUUAAACCAUGCUUUAAAUAUCAGCAAAACGCACAGUGAUGUCAAGUACAAAGAGAAUUAUGAAAAAGCUAAAGGCAGAUCAAUGCUGGAGUUUGUGGAUACACCAAUGUAUCAAGUUUCAAAAGAGGCUCAAAAGAUGCAAAGUGAGAAAAUGUAUCGCAAAGAUUUUGAAGAAGGGAUCAAGGGAAGACCCUCACUGGAUUUAGACAAAACCCCAGAGUUCUUGCAUAUAAAGCAAGUCACUAACCUUCUGAAAGAGAAAGAAUAUCGAAAAGAUUUGGAAGAAGGGAUGAAAGGAAAAGGAAUGACAGUGUUUGAAGAUACACCAGAUUUGAUUAGAGUGAAAAAUGCUGCUCAGAUACUAAAUGAGAGACAAUACAAGAAAGACCUGGAAACUGAAAUUAAAGGGAAGGGCAUGGAAGUUGGUCCAGAUACCCCUGAGAUAAGACGAGCCAAGAAAGCUUCGGAAAUUGCAAGCAUGAAAGAAUACAAGAAAGACUUGGAGAAUGAAAUUAAAGGAAAGGGAAUGGAAGUGAGCACGGAUACCCUUGAUAUACAACGAGCCAAAAAAGCUUCUGAAAUUGUCAGCCAGAAAGGAUAUAAAAAGGAUCUAGAGACUGAAAUUAUAGGAAAAGUGCAAGUUGGUCUAUGUACUCCAAAAAUACAAUGGGUCAAAAGGGCUUCAGAAAUAACAAUCCAGAAAAUGUACAAAGAUGAAGCAGAAAAGAUGCUCUGUAACUAUUCUACUGUCCCUGACACUCCUGAAAUGGAGAGGAUAAGAAAUACUCAGAAAAACAUCAGUUCAGUAUUUUAUAAGAAGGAAGUAGGAGCUGGCACAGCUGUAAAAGAGACUCCAGAGAUUGAAAGAGUAAAGAAAAAUCAACAGAAUAUUAGUUCGAUUAAAUAUAAGGAAGAAAUUCGGCAUGCAACAACUAUUUCUGAUCCACCAGAACUAAGAAGGGUUAAGGAAAACCAGAAGAAUAUUAGCAAUGUUCAAUACAAAGAACAGCUCUGCAAAGCUACACCUGUGAGUGUCACCCCUGAGAUGGAGAGAGUCAAGAGGAAUCAAGAGAAUGUCAGCAUGGUUCACUACAGAGAGCAGCCUGGCAAAGCUACUGCUGUGAGUGUCACUCCUGAGAUAGAGAGAGUCAGGAAGAAUCAAGAUAACAUCAGCUCGGUCAAGUACAGCAGUGAUCAGAGGCAGAUGAAAGGUAGACGUAGUGUGCUUCUAGACACACCUGAGCUAAGACAUGUCAAAGAAACUCAAAACAACAUCUCAAUGGUAAAAUACCAUGAAGAUUUUGAGAAGACAAAGGGCAGAGGCUUCACCCCAGUGGUAGAUGAUCCUAUAACAGAGCGUGUACGGAAAAACACCCAAAUUGUGAGUGAUGCAGCAUAUAAAGGUGUGCAUCCACAUAUUGUUGAAAUGGAUAGAAGACCUGGAAUAAUUGUUGAUCUUAAAGUUUGGCGCACAGAUCCUGGCUCCAUCUUCGACAUUGAUCCUCUGGAGGACAAUAUUCAGUCUAGGAGUCUGCAUAUGCUUUCUGAAAGAGCAAGCCGUUACAGUAAGCAGUAUUUACGUUCUACCAGUUUGGGAGAUUAUAAAUCAGAUGGCUCUGACACGAACCCUACCUUUUCUUACUGCAGUGAAAUAACAAGGCCAUCUGAGGAAGGAGCCCCUGUUCUCCCUGGGGCAUAUCAGCAAAGCCAGACUCAAGGAUAUGGAUACAUGCACCAGACCAGUAUGUCAUCCAUGAGGUCCAUGCAUUCACAGCCUCAUUCAGCAAGUCUGAGAACAUAUAGAGCUAUGUAUGACUACAGCGCUCAAGAUGAAGAUGAAGUUUCCUUCAGGGAUGGUGAUUAUAUCAUCAAUGUGCAACCAAUAGAUGAUGGCUGGAUGUAUGGUACUGUUCAGAGAACUGGGAAAACAGGAAUGCUUCCAGCAAAUUAUAUUGAGUUUGUUAACUAAUUUUUGUCUCUAGUCCUUUGAGCUUUAUUAUGAUUUACUCAAAAUCUAACCUUUUAGAAAAAAGUCAGAAGAAUCUUUUAAGAGUACAUGAUCAUUACGUUAUCACUGCUAUAACAGUUUGCAUUCUUAUUUGGAAUCCAAUUUAGAGUUCUUUAAAAUAGAGAUAAAUAAACCGCAGGAAGCUCAGAGCUUUGAAAAUAGCAUGGCUUAUAAUCAUGCUCUCUCAAGAUGAAAAACAUAUAUGGAAGCCUGGUGCUGCCUAUCCUAUAAAAAUUUUAGUCAAUUACCUGUAAAGGGAAAAUACCUUUUCCCUACAUAUCAAAGAGGUUAUUUCUCUUUGUAAAACCAACCAUAAAAUCGAUGCACUUCUGGCACUCUGAAGUCACAGGAAGUUAACACACUGAGUUUGAACACAUCUUCAAAUUAUUAGGGACGUGUUUAACGUUUGAGCAGUUAGCAUCCUAAUAAAAAAUAAAAUGUUGAGUAGAUAAUUCAGUCAUUUGAUAUAAUGACAAGUAAUAUGCCAGUAAAAAAACCAAUAAAAUCCCCUACUGCCCAGCAGCCUUACAAUAAACAGGUCCAUUUUAACAGCAAAAUUUUCCUGACUCUUGCAUACCCACAUUUAUUUCUGCAUUACCCAUUUUUUCUUAUUUACAAGUGACCUAUCAGCUUUGCUUGCAUCCCAAUCCAUCAGUUAGAUCCAUAUCUAGAUCCAUGAUUCUUCAGUAUCUUUUCCACAGAAGAUUCCUUGCAAAGACUAUCUAAAGUAUAAAACCUGUCAAGUCUUCUGUUUCCCUCUAAUAAUAACUAGCAUUUAAAUAGAAACUUACAUUAGGGCAACGUACAACCAAUACUUCAUGUUAGUUCCUUUACCUUCACUUGUACUGCUGUAAAUAAAUAUCCUGUGUGAGGCCCCGGUGCUGUGCAGUCACACAAAGCCUGCAGUCAUACCCCUCCUUCUUACCUACCACAGGUAACUCGCUUAAUGGCUGCUUUGCUGAUGAGCUAAUGUACCUACCCCUGCUUCAGAAAUACUUAUGCCUCCAUUGAGGAGUGGAGGAGAGCUCUGUUUAUUGUAGUGCAUUUCAGAUCAAAAAAUCUUGGUGAUCCAACAGUGGGUUGUACGCUUGCCAAAUGUUUAAUGAUGGAGAAAUAUGUUUUCUUUUACUGACUUGAUCUUUCUCAUAACUGACACUGAAGGGAAAGCUAACUAAACAAAAGUCCAACAUACUCUAUGCCAUUAUGUUUCAGUUUAGCCAUCUGUAGAAAACAGUAAAAAUAUUCUGCUGACAAACCUUCACAUAUGCUAUUUGGUGUCUGUUAACAUUAUGGUCAGAACUGAGAGAUCCAGGUCUCAGUCUGUGAGGUUGAGGAGAGGAUCAAAAAACUGGUGACAUAGUGGACCUGUAAGAGGGACUGUGUCAGCAGGCUUGGGUCACAGGGAACUUGCUUUUGCUUUGACUGGAUGCUGCAUUCCCUCCCAGGGAGAAAUUCUGGGAGGAAGGACAAAAGAGUUAAAGAUUCAUGUGGGAACUUAUUUGUGCGGAUGCAGAUGCAGAAAAUGUUUUUACUGAUAAUAUAAUUUGUGGAGUUCAGCCAUAUGCUAGAGAAGUUAGAGACGCUUGUAGUAACCCUCAGAAUGUUGAGUCUGCACUGGCUUUCUUCCAUUUCUAAAAUUUUUAAAGUAGAAUUUAAUAUAGAGCUUAUAGACAAUUUUGUCUAUAAGUAGACAAAGUAGGCAACUUUGCAAUAUCUAUUUAAAGAAUAAGGAAGGCAGUAUGGAUUUGUUAUGUCAACUGAAAGUUGUCAAUGCAAAUACCUGCACGUUCUAUUUUUGCGUACAAUUAGGAAUUGGAAAGCUUAUGCAAUUUUAUUUUGGGUUUUGCUAACUCGGGGCUGAUUCCAGCUGCCAAACAGAAUAGAAUGACUGCAUUAAAAAAAAAUAAAAAUUAAAAAAUGCCCAUGACUGUGGAAUUGCCUGGGCUUUCUUGUCAGCAGCCUAAUUCCAAGGUUAAAGCUGUCCAGGAACAUCUAACUUCAAAAAGUAUUGUUUAAAACCAGAGAUUCACUACUGUAAAUAUCCAAUCUCUAUGGGUGACUGCUGUCAUUUAAAAUUCUUGAAAGUUUUGCAGAAGGAGCUGCUGCUGCAGCAGAACCUUAUGCAUUGCUGGUGACAUCCACGUGAAAUAGCAAACUUUGCAAGUGAAAUGGCUUUUUCAAAAGGCUGCUGUGAUAUGCUGAGCUAGAAGCUCUGAAAAAAGCAGUCUGCUUCUGUGUUGGUUUUCAUCACCAGCCGUCAACAGCAAGGAGAGGAAUUUCAUCUUAUGCUGGGUAGCAAAUUUUUCAGAUGAUGCCUAAGGCACAAUUGGCUGUCACUUGCUGCUUGCUGCUCUAUUAGCUGUGUAAUGCUGACAACAAUAAAAACAAGUUGUCAGUUUGUUAACCAAUAAAAUUUAGAGAAUAGAUAUAUUGAAUCAAGUUACAGAUUUUAGUGAUUUAUAAAAAAGAAUCUCUACCUAUAAAUAGAUGAUCAUUCUUCCUAAAUGAGGAGGCGACUUGCAGUGUUGAACACUUUAUGUAUAGACGUAAAUGAGAAAAUGGGCAUUUGAUGACAUUAGAGAACUAUGUUGUAAUAAAUAAUCAAAAUAAAAUUUGCUUUAUGAAUUUUGAAAAUUCAUUAGCUUGGUAGAGCAGCUAAAGCAAUAUGCAAAAAAAUAAAAGGUCAAGAAAACAAAACAGUAUGGGAAUUGUAUUUCUCUUGAGAAUGGUAUAUCAGCAAAAUUAUUAAGAUCUGGUUUAAGUUACUCAUUCAUGUAAUCAAGUUUUUUAUGUCAUAUAUGCUUAGGAAUUCAUGUUUAUGUGGAACAGUUCCUGCUUUUUGAUAUAAAACAAACUUUAGUGUCAUUAUGCAGCUUUUUUCUAAGCAAAGCAAUCAAAGGCCCAAAAUUAUCAGAGUGCAAUUAAAAAAAUGUUUUUAUAAAAUCUAAAAUUUGUAAGGUGGGGAAAGUAAGUCAUAAACUAAAUUGUGCCAGCAUAGGUUUUAAAAGGCAUAUGUUGGAGCCUGUUACAUGCAGUGUGAUAUAGAGGUGAAAAGAUGUUAUAUGCUGUCUUGUCACCUUUAAAAUAUGUAUUCCUUUUUAGCACGGCAUGUUCCCCUCACUGUUCUUUCUUCCCGUAGUCAGUUUUUCUGGGGAAAGGAAAGGACUUUUACAGAGGUGAAUUUCCCAAGCUGUUCCAAAGUUCAGAUUGGAAGUUCACAUGUUCUCCUUUUAGAAAUAAAGAAUUCUGUAAAGAAUGCUUUCAUUCUUGCUAACACGAGUAUAAAUGUAGAAAACAACAUAGAGCAUAUUCAUACAUAUAUACAAGAACAAAUGGGUGCCUUGCUUUUCAUUACUCUUUCUUGCCUGGCUAAUCUUCAUUUUCUAAACAAAGCUACGUACAGAUACUGCAGUUGUAAUUUUUCAUUAUGGAACAUUAGCAUUUAAUCUUGAUGAAACAGGGUUUUCUUGAUUACAUUUGACAUACAAUAAACUACUUCAGCAGAUUGGGAUUUGACGGAGAAUCACCUCCCAUGGAUUAUGUUUUUGAAAAAUGUGUCCCUCCCGAGUGUUCCUCAGGGAUAUGGAAGGUCUCCAAUACUUGGGAAGGUAAUAACUCUAGUUUUUAUUGUACAGUGACUGCAUGUCAUCUCGUACAAUGGAAAAGAAAUGACAAAUACCAAGGUCUUUGGCAGAAGGUGGUACAGGGUAUAAAAUUUUAGAUUUUAGUUAAGUUGAUUAAUACUCCAUUUAAACUAUAGAAUAUGCUUUAGUUAGUAAAUGUUUAAAUAAUAUACUGAAACAGACAAAAGAUGCUGUUGAAAGAAGUUCUCCAAACUGAUGUGCUGGCAAAUGCGAAGUACCGGUGAGCAGUAUAAAGAAUAAACCAUUUCACAAUGCUUUAGUGAUUUUCUCCAGCUUUAUGCCAUAGGAACCCCAUCUCUCCUUUGGAAAGAAAACCUGAAAGCUCUAUUUCCUAUACUGCCUGCACUACAACAGUAUAUUCAAAGGAAUUUCAUAUGCUUCUUGUGUCUGAUAAAUAGAAUUUGCAUAUUGUACUUAAGUUGUAAUCCAGUUGUUGUUGACAUUUGUUUAAUUAUUAUUAUUUUAGGGGGGGAAAUAAGCUAUACUGUAGCAUUUCAAUCGUGUAUUUAAUAUUACUAUUAGAAAUUGCUAGACCAUUGGAAGACAGCAAUGACUGUAUUGACAUUGAUUAGCAUGAUGUGGAAACUCGGCUGUUGGUUUUUGCAGUGUGAUAUAAAAAGCAAAAAUGAACCGCUGUGCAGUUUGGCUUAUGUUUGCUUUAAAGUGUGUAAAGUUUUAGUUAUUUUGCAAAACUGUACUGUAUUUGGGGGUAUACAGUUAUGGAGGUAACAAUUGUUUUUCAAAGGACAGAUAAACUUUCUCUUGGAUCAUAUGAUGUAUCAUCUUAAUUUGGCUUUUGUUAUGCAGAAAGUUAACACCAGCUAUUAAAAUAUAUUUUAGUAGAAAUGCUUUAAUUCCUGUUUCUUCCUCUACACUGUGAAUAUUUAAGCUUUGGUGGACUAGAGCAACAUCAUGCUGCCCAAAGUACUAACCUAUGCAAACUAGUUCACAUUUUAGUUGAUGUCACAGUGGAUGUAACAUAGCAAUUUUGCAGAACAUUAACCGUCAUUCAAAUAAAAUAUUAAACCCAGCAUGAUGUAUGUAUUAUAUUCAUAAACAAUACUCUGUAAAGCUACCAUUCCCAUUAAUAUAAGCUAGCCAAGAUGUAUAUUGUUUUAAUUAAGGAAGCUUUGAGUUUUCAAACUUAAGUAGAAUAUUUAGCACUAUUAUUUGUCAAGCUUGAUCUCAGAAUAUAGUUUCCUAAACCACUGUUUUAUUUCAGACAUACCCUCUCCUUAGAGGGUUAACUUGCUUUUGCAGUCUGUAUUUGUAACUCUUCAACUGAACACCAAGUUACAUUCCAUGCCCCUGAUUUGUUUAAAUAAGCAAAGAUAGUAAGUGAAGGAGAUCUGCUGAUUUAAUUGAUCCUGGUUUGCUGGACUCUGAAUGGGCAUUUGGCUAGGCAUGCUCUCAGUGCAACACUAAUAAAAAGAAAUUGAUUUGCUGGCUUCUUUAAGACAAUUUUAUAUACAAAUGUCGUUCUUGGGUUAUCUUUAUUCAUUUACACAAGUCAAUUAUUUUUACAACAUUGUAAGAAAGUUUAAGUUAAAAUAAAAUCCAGAAGUAUUUUGGAACUGC